CUGUGAUCUAGUUCAAAGGCGGUUGUGUGAAAUUUGAUGAGUGUUCUGUUACUGCUUCUAAAGUUGUUUAUUCAUUCAGUUGACUAGGUAUUAUCAUUAAAUUAAGUAGCUAUCAACUCAUGAAUACAAUAGGUACCUUCACAAAUGACUGGCGUUUUAUUUACGAAUUAUCUACGUGUUAGAUGUUACGUGACUGAAAGUGAUGGUGAUUUAUAUUACAGCGUAGUAAGUGAAAUUGGGUCUCAUUAUUCUACUUGUGAGUAUUUCAUUUGAUAUAUUAAAAUUAUCAUUUAUGGUCUAUAGAGUUACUUGAAUUGAAUUGAAAGUGAAUUCUAUUCAACAUUGGAUCAUCUCAAGACAUAAUUUCUGGAAAGCAUAUCAGGAUCAGUAUGGUAGAGGAAAUGAAUCUGCUCCAGGACUUUCCUCCAGGACCUCUUCAGGAUUACAGAAAAAGAGCUUCGUUUGAUUGGAAAAAACUAAAAAUACUUAUUGAAGAUGAAGUUAUUUUGAAAACAAAGCUAGAGGUAUGGAAGCAAAUGGAGGAGGAUCCAUUGUUCCACCAUUCCUCGGAGACACCUACCUUGGAGGAACAGCGGAGGAUCAACGUCCUGCGCAUGUUUCGCUUCAAACAGUGGAAUGUCCUCUGCCUUGAAGAUGUUGUUCAGGACAUCAGGAAGUUCAUCGCAGUGACUACAGUAUUGUUCAGCUAUUCUCCCUCUUUGGCGCUUAAAGUGCAACUGACCUUCAACAUGUUCCAAAACUCCAUGCUGGGAAUGGGUACUGACAGGCACUUCAAGUUCUUUGAGGCCUGCGAGAAAAGUGAACCAGAAUUGACAGGAUGCUUUGCCCUUACUGAGUUCUCCCAUGGGACUAACACCAAGUCGAUGCGCACAGAGGCCCGGUACGACCCAACCACAGAGUCAUUUGUUCUCCACACACCUGACUUUGAGGCAGCCAAGUGCUGGGUGGGCAGUCUUGGUAAGUAAGUCCGAUCACCUGUUCAAACACU